CAAGGCAAGAGUGCACCACCGUGCAGCCCGGAUAAAAAGUUACAUUUCAAAAUAUGUAUUAACUGCUAAUGGGUAAAGGCAAGGACAAAUUUCCUGAAAGGAUGGUAAAGGCAAAAAAAUCUCACAUCAGUCCAAAAUGGGAUUGUUUGAACUGAGAGUUUGUUCAACAUAAAAAAACAAAACCCUUGAACUUACAGGAAUAGAUAAGGAGUAAACCAAAGUUUGAGACGUGAUUGGACAAUGAAUAAGGUAUUUAUAUGAGGAAGGAAGUUUAGUGACUGAGUCAACACAUGAAGUACUUGAGUUCCAGUGAUGAAACAUGUCUUCUAAGAAACCAGGAAUCAUGAGACAAGUUAUCCUAUUUCAUUUGCUGCUCUUCUUUCCGAUGCAUUCAGGCCAAAAUUACCAAAAUGUGGCUUUGCGUGGCAAAGCAACUCAGUCUCAGCGCUACGAGGGAAGUUGGGAUGUUUUUGGAGCUGCCUCCAAUGCCAUUGAUGGGAACAGAGAUUCCGCCUUUAAUAGUGGAUCUUGCAGCCACACUGCAAUCCAAACCAACCCCUGGUGGAGAGUGGACCUGCUGGAUUCGUAUAUAGUCACCCAGAUUAUUAUCACCAAUAGAGGAGACUGUUGUUCAGAACGCAUCAUCGGGGCAGAGAUUCGCAUCGGAAACUCUUUACAAAGCAACGGUGCUGAAAACCCACUAGCUGCUACAGUCUCUGCAUUUCCGAAUGAGAUCUCUGAAAUAAAUAUUCCUGAUCGCAUGGAAGGACGUUAUGUCACUGUUUUACUACCAGGCUCAGAGAAGAUUCUAACACUCUGCGAAGUGGAGGUCUAUGGGUACCGCGCUCCAACCGGUGAGAACCUUGCCCUUCAAGGCAAAGCCACACAGUCAUCGCUGUUUGAAUUUGGUCUUGCAUAUAACGCCAUUGAUGGGAAUCGCAACAACGACUGGGAUCAGGCCUCUUGCUCACAAACAAAAAACGAAAUGAAUCCCUGGUGGCGACUGGAUAUGGGUAAAACGCGCAAAGUGUUUUCCAUUAAAGUCGUCAACCGGAAUUUGUUUGAAGAACGACUCAACGGAGCCGAGAUCUGGAUUGGAGAUUCUCUUGACAACAAUUGCAACCAUAAUACCAGAUGUGCUGAGAUCAUAGCUUCUUCGAAACAGAGUCUUUAUGAGUUUCAGUGUUACGGGAUUGAAGGGCGCUACGUCAGCAUAGUCAUCCCCAACCGUAUCGAGUACCUCACUCUUUGUGAGGUUGAGGUUUACGGCUCCACACUUGAAUAAAGUUGAUAUUGGCAACAAAUUGUUGUUUUGUGUUACUCACAAAAAUUGUAUCCCUCUGUUUAAUAAAAAGGCUUUAAGUUUUACUUAAAAGUGUGUGUUUUUCAGAUAAUUUCAUUUCUUAUGUGUUCAGUUUCUAAAAUAGGUAGGAUUGACACCUGCAAUCAUAAUGGUAAUGUCAGUAAGUGAAACAUUAAGUAAGUGGCAGUAAGUGAAACAGAAAAGCAAACUUGGUUAUUUUUUCAUAUGCAACCCUGCACUAAUGGCAUGGAUGAUUUUUGCACCACAGUUGGUUUGGCUAUUAAUACAAUUAAUACCAGCAGAUGUCUAAGUGCCAAUGACAAUUAUCAAAAUCAAGAAGUGAGGGCACCACCUGAUCAUCAGGAAAUAAUAGCUAAACAGCUCUUAGUCUCUGUCAGGUAUCUUUUUAAGAAUACCUGCCUGGUGAGGUGUGGCAUUAUAGAACAAUAGACGAAGGAGUGAAUUCAAGCACUGGGGUUCUCGAGCAGCAAGCCCUGCAUACGUGUAUUGAAUAAACACAAAAAAUUUCCCUCCACAAUACAAGAAUUAACAAAAAAACAAAAGGUUUUGGUUAAAAUAGUUCAGUCAAGAAAUUCUUUAACUAGGCUAUUAACAUUCUACUAAACAACUAGGUAAAAAUUUUAAUUAGCAAAAACAAAUAAACAAUGGUAAAAACUGUAAAAAGGAACAAAUAAGAAUAAAACUGACACCAAUAACCAAUAAAAACAAUGCAGUGAUAUAACAGAUCAGUGUAAAGAUGUACAUUUAAGAACCAAGGUUUGUUCUGAGGAAUUUAGAAUGAGGCUAAUUUAGCUUUAAAAGCUAAAAGAACAAGAUUUGCUUGGUGUUCAAACAACCAGAUCACAAUGCAAAGCAGGAGGUAACAUAAAACACUAUUUUAAUGAAAUAAUGUUUCAAAAUUGAUUUGCUGAAUUGGAAAUCAAUAACCUUUGGGACAACUGACUCUUAAUGUUGUGUUAAUUACACAUCACAGUGACUGAUUAAAUGGAGUGAUGGACUACGAAGAUGGCUGAUCAGCUGAUCCCACACAUAAUCACCCGUUCAAACACAUUUCCCCAAAAACACACAUUCCAUAAAACAGCUCAUGUAAUAGUCUAUAUAGAAAAAAGAAAUCGACUCUGACAUAAAUCUUCCUUAUGCAUGAAAAAUAACGUUGAGCCCAAAAUCAGUCUUGGUAUAUACCAAAAAAAGAGAAAAGGAAGUGAAGAAACGUCUUGUUGGGGUGGCGUUUUGGUUUGCUGGUGGUUUCAUUCUCCAGGCCUGGUGCAUACUCCACUGAAGAUGCUCCUGUUAACGAGUCUGCUCGUUGCUCCGUGUGGCGAAGUUCUUGUACUCAUUCUUGCCAUGUCUGAGACAAACUACUUCCUCAUAAAGCCCAAAAUGUGAACAACUUCAUGCAAAUUUUGGAGCUUCAGAGGUCCAGAUAGCAGUAUCACUCCUCUCCACUUCUCCUGCCGUACCCUCCUCACGUGAAAAACCUUGUGCCUUAUUUUAUAAGUUCUGGCUGGGUUGUGUUCCAGAAAAUUAUCAGAGCGACCCAUUUUACACUUGAAAAAAAAAAAUGGAAAUUUCAAUGGAAACGCUACAGUUUCCGUGCGGAGUAGAGCCUGAAAUGUCACUGGUAAAGAGGCACAAGUUCCACAUGUAUCUCUAUGUAAGGAUUUAUGAUUAUUGCUUAUAAAUAUUUAUCAAAAUUAUAAUAAAAAAAGCAUAAUUUAGAAGCGGUAAGUUCUAACCAAAAAUUAUUUCUUACAAAUAGAUAUCAGAGAUACAUUCUGGGGUUGUGAUUAUUAGGCUAACAUCUCUGUCAAGCUCUUCAUGAAAUUGGCCAGCGUAGAGAAGGGAAAUAAACCCGACUGCGAGCUUCUACUUCUCCAAGAGUGCUUCCUUUACGUUGUGACCGGUGGUGGUCCACAUUUAUGGGGUAAGAACGCUAUCAAAAACAAGCUUGAGCUAGCUGGUGACAUCAGAGCUGCAGUGCAUGCUGGGAGGUGUAGUGACAGUUAAUUUACUUCACAAAAUGGACGAUGGCCCAACAUUUGUGUACCACUAAUACAAAUUAAUGUGUGUAUAAGUGCUGGUGGCGUGCUAUGGACGAUCGCAGUGGAACGAGAGCGAGCUUUGUUUGAAUUACUACAGUAGUGACUACUGCCUUAGCAUUAGCAGAGUUUUAGCAUAAGCAGCUGGAAUACUGGAGAUUAAUUUUAGCAGGUGUAUAAGGACUGGGCUAACAUAUUUUAUGCAGGUUAGUGAGACAAGAGGAAAGGAAAACAUCAAUAACUCAGAACAAGCUCAUGUUACCAGACUAAUAGUGCUCAAACCACUCAUUGAGAUAAAGUUGGAAUCAGGGCGGCUCGCUCUAGGCCUACUCCGGACCAACACAGUUUAAGCAUCAAAACAAAGCAAAACACUAUGAAAUAAACAAUCCUUUCUUUGUUUUCCUCCUCUUGGUGGAGGUGGACGCUUUUUCUCUGUCUCCCGCACCCCUCCCAUAUCUGCCCUGCUUCAGCUCUGUGUCUUGUCUUUUUAGGAGCCUCUUUUUGCAUAUCUUCUUGGGUGAGAGUGUGUAAGGGGAGACGCCCUGCAGACAGUUGGUGCCGUAACCCGGAUUUGGCACUAACUAAAGGAUAAUUAAUUGACUACGAGGCAGACAUCGUUCUACACCACAGGGUCGACCCAAAACAAAAGGUAAGGAAAUCUAUCUUUAUUCUCCUUUUGCCUGCUAAUAGUGUAGGUGGUGUUGUGGAAUAGAUACCUGUUUUCUCUUAAAUUUACAGUCUUGAUCAGUUUUGUGUAAAAUAUAUCUGAGUUGCUAAGAUCACUUAUUUAAAUUUCCAGCUACCCCCUGGCCACGGAUUUAACCUUAAACAUGUGAAAAUGGGGCACAAACGCUUUAACUGUUUUACAUCUUCAGCAUCUACUGGCAUUAAAACGUUUUGCACUAAUCCUUUGCAGGUGAGAACCUUGCACAUGAUGGCCAAGCAGCCCAGUCAUCCCUGCUUGGGUUUAGCUUGGCCUUUAAAGCCAUUGAUUGUAAUCAUAGAAACAUCUGGGACCAGGCAUUUUGCUCGCAUACAAAAGACUACAACCCCUGAUGGUGACUUGAUCUGCACACUACCCACAAGUAAUGUUUUCCAUCGAAAUUGUCAACUGAGACAUUCUUCAACGACAACGGUGCAGAAAUCUGCAUCGGAGAUUCUCUUGAAAACGAUAGCAACAAUAAUCCUAGGUAUCAACUGCAAACCCUUCUAGUUUUUCACUGGAUGGCUGAAGCCCCAGCCAUUGCUUCAGCCGUCAGUAGAAACAAGGGAAUC